GAACAACAGAGCCUUGCGUAAACUGCGUAACAUGUUUUGUAAUGUUUUUUUUUAUUACAGUUGGCAGUAGUUAGCUAAACAUACUCAGAGGCUGUGUUGUGUAAACCAUCUACACAGCAACUACAUCGCAAAGAAAGGUAAAUAAUAUUUUAGUCCAAAAUGUUGCACACCCCAGUUAUAUAUUUUGUCGUGGGAGUUAAGUUUGAUAACAGCUAAGCUGCUGGACGUAUCAACAACCGUAUGAUGAAUGUCGAGUUGAAAUGAACCAGCUACUUUCUGGAUUAGUUAUGAUGUCAGUUCAACAGAUAAGUACACCCCGAAAUGUUGAAAUCCAUUUGAUCAAGAAAGUGGUUUAUUUUAGUAUGGAAUGCAGUGUGUUUACUAUCCUGCAUUUUUUAGGAUGGCUCAAGUGCCCAAAAUUAGGCUGGCAGGGGGCUUGGAGAUCUGCCGCAUCCUGAACGGCAUGUGGCAGGUAUCAGGUGCUCAUGGUCCGGUGGAUCAUCCCAAAGCAGGUAAACUUAAAGUAGGGUAAUAGUUCACUCCAAAUUCAAAUUUGUUGACACGUUUUUAGACCUUAAGUGUCUAGCUAAUGUCUUACAUGAGUGAGUGUCCCACACCAUCUUUUGUCCAGUUCUAGCUAUAGCCCAUCAGUUCCAUACAGUAUCAAUGGAAUAAUGGGUACUAUAUAAUAACAUUUUUUUAGAUGAUGCUGCCUGUUAUAGCAUUUUUUACGCACAAUUUGUAUUUCCCUAACAGUUAUUAUCAAACCCCCUUUUCCUAUUCCAGUGCAGGCGAUGCAAGCCUAUAUUGAUGCUGGCCUAACAACUUUUGACAUGGCAGAUAUCUAUGGACCAGCAGAGGAGAUUUUUGGACACUUCAACAGCCAGGUAUGAGUUGUUGUUGUAAUUUACACCACACAAACUCCAGAUUAUGAACCUAUUGGAUUAAAAGUGUAAGUAAAUGUUUUUUUGUAGAUUAUAUGAACAUUGAUUUCAGAUCUGUGUGUGCAAGUGGAGCAGCACCCUUGAAUUGGCACAGGAGGGAGCUAAUGUAGCACAGUUGAUAUUCGGCCUUUGGGCUGCUCAGUCUCGCGCUCAAGAAUCAGGGGAGAGAUGGCGUAUGGAAGAUCAGUAAAUUCUCUCUCACUCAUACACACACAUGAAAAGCCCUUACACAUCAAGCCUUAGUCAUACACACAUGGACAGAUGCACUCUUACACACACACACACUCUUUAUUUUCACCAUUAACAUUGGUUUUAAUAUGAAGAUUUUAUUUGCAUCUUCAUUUAUUGAUUCCAUUGGAUUUCAGACCUUGUCGGUGCCCAGGCACGAUGCAUCUCACACAGUUUUGACUUGAUGUGUUUUGACACCUAGAAUAAUGUCCUCUGAGAAUGCUUCCCAACACAACCUCUCUGAGGAUUGAAUCACCUUCAUCAUGACACUGUCUGUAACUGGACACAUCUGCUCUGCUCUCACAUGUGAAACGGAGAGAUUUAUAUGGUCUCUCACGUCUGACUGAAAAGUGUCUGAGAUCUUUGAGGGGAUUAUGUGGACUGAGGAUGUUAUUAUACAAAGUGUGGUACACCACCAGACUGAGUACAUUUUGUGAAUACAUUUCAGUGUGAUGCUGCACCACCCCUGCAGGGUUUGACCAAAUGGGUGCCACGACCUGGACCAAUGGACCGCAAGGUGAGUCUUUAAUACAGACUAGUGUGGGAAAAAUCAUCCUACAAGUUCUCCACCAUCCAGUCAAAUCUGAAAGCUAAAUACUGUAUAUCACACCCACCAGUUAACAAUAGGGCAGUGUCUCAGGACAACAUUCAGCUCUGUGAGAGACUCCCUUAACUGAACCAGAACAGACACCUCAAAAUAGAAUCAGAUAUGUCACUUGGCUGAAACAAAAGCCUGCACCCUCACCAGCCAUAACAGGGUAAGAUAACUUUAUUAUGUCUUGUCACUAGGUUGUGGAGAAGGCGUUGCAGCGUUCCAUGUCCCGUAUGCAGGUGGAUUCUCUGGACUGUGUGCAGUUCCACUGGUGGGACUACAGCGAUAAUAGAUACCUGCACGCCCUGGGGCACCUGUCUGAUCUGCAGCAGGAUGGCCUCAUACGUAGGUCAUCUUAUACAACCAUUUACUAUUCCCAUGCACACAAGCUCUAACAUCAUCACUUUUUAGUGUGAUAAGAUUGUUAAGAUUCACCAUUCAGCCAUGCACCUUAUGUACUUGUUGAUGAGCUGUGCCUGUUUGUCAAAUUUAGAUGUACUCCUUGUUUUCUGUCAUCUUACUCUUCAGGAGAGCUGGCCCUCACCAACUUUGACACUCAGAGGCUUGAGGAGAUCACAGACAAAGGGAUCGGAAUCUCCAGUAACCAGGUACAGUGCCUGCUCCCUCAUUCGUUUGCCCCUUCUUUCUCUCGCUUUCUCACUAGCUUAAUGGGAGGCAAUUUCCUUAUGCCUUAUAGAGUAUUGUGAAAUCUCUGUGCAUGUUCAGUACAUUAGUCUGCAUCAACGUUCAGUAUGUCCAGUAUUAAUGUCCAGUGAUGUUUCCUUCCAGGUGCAGUACUCUCUGAUCGACCAGCGGCCUGCUGCUAAGAUGGAGGCUGUCUGCCUGUCUCACGGCAUCCAGCUCCUUACCUAUGGAACUCUGGGUGAGGACCGGUCUGAGGUCAUCACAGCCACUGCUCUACUCAUACUGGUGCUACUUGGCUGCUCUAGGGUUGAGCCAUUUAAGAGGAUGAAGAAGCACAAGCAUUCAUGUCACUGCCCUGAGAGAGUCAGUGGUGAAAGGUUGGGUUAGGUCCCAGUUAGCCUGGCCCAGGUCUGAAUGGGGUUUAGCCAACCUAUCUGACCUAUAGAUCUAGACCAGGCUAGCUCACAGUUACUGUUGCAACCUCAGUGACCAGUUAUGGUCUGUUUUUUGCAAGUUAUGUGAUUUACAAUAUUAUAUCGUAAAUCACAUAACUUUAGACAGACCAAUUAGUGCUCCUUCUAAUCAAGGACCACUUGAUAUUCUGAUCUGAUAUUGCCCGGAAAUGACUGACGCUCUCGCAUAUGUCCGUAAUGAAAAACAUAACGUACUCUCGGCAGAUAUAUUGUAGAGAAAAAUAUUCUGUGAGAUACUGCAUGCUUUGCUUUUAUACUUUUUGAUGCAUUAUGGUAAUUAGUAUUAUUGAAAUUAAUACGUUAUUUAAUAUAGUGUUAGCGAUUUUAGAAAUCCUUUCCAUAUUGACUCUUGCCAUGUGGGGUGUAGUGAUAUAAAAUGGUGGUGAUCUAAGAUGGAGACCAAACUGACGAUGCAUCUCUGCUGUUUCUCUGCCCCCCUCUUCACCCUAUUCCCUCACAUUCUAUGUAUUUCCCUCUCUUCCUGUUUCCUCAUCUUUACCCUGUCUCUCUCUCUUUCUGUAUCCACCCCCUCCCUAAUCCAUCUUUUUGAACCUCCAUCGCUCUGUCCCCCCUCUAGCCGGUGGUCUACUCUCAGAGCGCUAUCUGGGGAAGGCGGAGCCUACAAGCAGGGCGGAGCUCAACACCGCCUCCCUCAGUAAGUACAAGAAGGUGAUUGACGGCUGGGGAGGAUGGGGGCUGUUCCAGGAGCUGCUGGUUGCCUUGGACACGGUUGCCCAGGGCCACAGCUGCUCCAUCGCCAACGUGGCUACCCGCUAUGUUCUGGACCGGCCAGCGGUGGGCGGAGUCAUCGUGGGCUGUCGUCUCGGUGUUGCCGGGGCGGAACACAUCAAGGACAGCCUGCGCAGCUGCAGCCCAGAGUUGGAGCUCACAGCGCAAGACCUGCGCACCAUCGACAGCGUGCUGCAGCGCUCGCGUGACCUCAUGAGCCUCAUCGGAGAUUGUGGAGACGAGUACAGGAACUAGAGCAGAAUAGAAAAGAUGGACCAGAGCAUCUGGGUUGGAGGGAAGUAGAGAUAGGGUACUGGAGGAAGAACAUGUAAAUGUGUGAAUAUAUGUGUGUGUAUAGAUGGUGGGAAGUUAGAGGAUGGCAGGAGUAGAAGGAAAUGUGGCGGGAAGAGAAGGCGUGGGGGGCUGGAACUAGAAAUGGCAGAUGAUGAGGGAGAGUGAAUAGCAUGAACUAUGACAGAGCACACAGAUAUACAGCCUUUCACUUUUAUUUUGUAAAAUAAUGUCAACGUGUGAUAAAUGUUACCCUGUACCCAUGCAGUAUAAUAAAGAAUGUAAUGUAUAUAGCGC